AUGGUUGCCAGCCCAACUGGAAGAAUGCCUAGUUGUAACUCAGUAGAGCCAAAUAAGUCAGUUCGCGCUACUAGUUUUCAAGAAGAUUGUAGUAGCGAGUCAUCGGUCAACUCCAAACAGUCAAGUAGGUUAUCAAGAACAUCCAAUAAAGAGGAAUUUGAUAGAAAUGUGUUGCAGAUUGAAAGGUUACCUAAAGAGUUGUUGAGGCUAGUAGACGUCUUUAUAGAUGAUUUGAAGCAACCGAAGUACCUGAAGCCGCUAUCGAUAUUUCAGCUAUCAGGGCUAUUUCAGGAGUUCUAUGUUAGUUUUGAUAUGACCUGUGUUCAGCUGUUGAACGGGGAGAUGAAUAGUGGGGGGUCUCUAAGUCCAGUUAACUACGAUAAUUUACCGUUCAGCGCUAAAAAUUCAUUGAGCGCAGGAUUUAGUGGCAUAUUCAACAAGAGUAGGAGUGGGAGCGUCGUGAAGCUUAAGAAACAGCAGUCUAUAAAUCAAGAUAGUGAUAUAGCGGUUAAUUCGCAGCCUCCAGUCAGUCCAGAUGAGCUUGAGAGGAGCUCUCGCCAAAAGGAAUUGACAAACCUUAAAAUAGAGAGGUAUAUGGAAUUAUGCGAGCGAGAUAUUUUCCAAAAGAUACAGGAAGUGGGAACAUCUGUUCUAGGAAGUUCUCGGAAUGGUUCGAUUAACCGUUCCCUUCAAAUUUUGGAGUUGUUUCGGAACAGUCCUGAAUUUAUUGAGUAUGACAGCAUAUUGACCACCAAAAUUCUCGACUUACAGCAUUUGGCCCAAAGAAAUGAACUAAAUCUAGCAGAGUUCCUAGGAAUGCCUGAUAGUAUUAAUUUCAACUCUGAGUUAUUAGGAGGUUAUUUACGAGUACUAGUGGAAGAUCGCAUCUCACCAUUUGAAAAGAUGAUGCAACUAUUGGAUAUGCAUGACUCCAUGACAGAACUUGGCAAUGCUACAAGUAAUGAUGACUACUUGCCAAUGUUACUCUAUGUUAUUAUUAUGAACCCGAUUAACACACUCUAUCUAAAUAUCCUGUUCAUUCGGCUUUUUCGGUACCACAAGAAGCUAGUGGCUAACGAGCAGUAUGUUGUAACGAAUAUGACAGCAGCCAUGUGCUUCUUGGAAAACCUAACGUAUGAAGACUUACCGGAUAGCGUUAAAAAACAUACAUCCCCAGGGCUACUUUUCAAGCUAUCAGAUAGAAUUAAGAUACCCGAGAUAAAAAUGAAGGGCAAGCCUGAUUUACCACGCGUGCACUCCAAGUCCACCGUUGGUUUCUCAUUGGACACUUCGUUACGAUACAUAUAUGGUAGGCUCAAAUCUUAUACACCACCUGCCUCAUAUAAUAAUUCUGCAAAUGGUAAUAAUGGUAAUCCUCACCAAAAACCUACAUCACCUAAACGAGGACAGCAUGACUGCCAUAACCAAGGCCGAGCACAAUACGAGCUGCCACCGCCGGCCAGAAAUAGUUCUCAUAAUUCUCCAAGCAUUGAGGACUCUUGUAACCAUAGAUUGGCUAUACCCGAGUCCUGGAAAAAGUAUAGAAACCGAAAUUUCGAUGACUUAACGUUGUCUGAAAUGAGGUUAGUAUUCAGCACCUACCAAAAGUUGUUACAAACUCUGGAACCUUAA